CAUGUCGUUUUUUUGAUGACUGCAAUCCAAUACGAUGUAAUUGUAAUUGGAGGCGGUAUUGCCGGAGUUACGUGUGUCGAAUCCUUGCUUCUCCUAAACCCAAACAUAUCAGUUGCACUUAUCAGCUGCACACCUUGUGUGAAAUGCACCACAAAUAUUGUCGCUCUUGGACACUUAAUGGAAAAGUUUGAUGUCAUAGAACAAGAUGAAAGCGAAUUUAUUCAACGGUUUCCAACUGUCAAAUUUAUUCACGGAGAAGCAGUUCGGUUUUACAGUGAGAAACAUGAAGUAGAGUAUCGGAGAGUUCCCAGUUCUCCAGAUGAAUCAGUUGAUGUUUCGACAAUGGUCUAUAAAAAGUUAUGCGUUUGCACGGGAGGAGAACCGAAUGUCGUUGCACCCAAUCUUGACUCAGUGAUUUCAAUUCGCGACACCGAUAGUGUGCAAAUCCUCCAGGAAAAAUUGCGCAAGGCGAAACACGUGGCAGUUCUGGGCAACGGAGGAAUAGCGAACGAGUUCAUCUGCGAAGUAGAAGAUUGUGACGUCACAUGGAUCAUUAAAGAUAACUUCAUUAACAGUGCCUUUCUGGAUCCAGGGGCGUCUGAGUUUUUGAUUAACCAGAUCAAAACAGUCAAGCCGAAAGGCGAACAAAAGUACUUGAAGAGAUGGCAAUAUGAAAGCAACAGUAAAAGUUCAGUAGACGCAACUAAAUUAGAAGAAAAAACAGGUCCAGCUUUAGGUCCCGAUUGGCAUAAAAAUUUAGAUUUAAAAGGCCUUGGGUCGAAAGAAAAUGUAAAUAUACAAUACAGUACUACGAUUCAGUCGAUUGAAGAAACGAGUGAUUCCUCGAGCAAUAAAAAAGAGCUAAAAAUUGUUUUGACAAACGGCCAUGAGUUCGGUUGUGACUUUCUAGUAAGCGCAACUGGUGUAAACCCGGCUACUGGUUUUUUCGAGGGUCAAAAAGUCAAACUAGGUGAAGAUAGUGGAAUCGAAGUGAAUGAAUCAUUUGAAACAAGCAUUGCAGAUGUCUACGCAGCUGGCGAUUGCUGCACACCUGGUUGGGAAAUAGCUCCUCAUUGGGUGCACAUGCGGCUAUGGACUCAAGCGAAGCAGAUGGGAACUUGUGUUGCUCGAAGUAUAACGGCGUGUCUGCAGAAUGAACCCAAGUUACCGCUUGACAUUUGCUUUGAGGUGUUCACGCAUGUCACCACAUUUUUCGGCUAUAAAGUCAUUAUGCUUGGAAACUUUAACGCAAAAGGCUUGGAUAAAAAUAAAUGCGAAAUUUUGUUCAGAUGUACGAAAAAUAUGGAAUAUAUAAAAGUUAUUUUACACGAGGACAAAUUGUGUGGUGCUAUUUUGAUCGGAGAGACUGAUUACGAAGAGACCUUUGAGAACUUGAUUCUGAAUCAGUUUGAUUUGGGUUUCAUCAAAGAUGGUCUAUUAGAUCCAGAUGUAGAUAUUGAAGAUUAUUUUGAUUACUUGUUUUCCUGUUAG